UGGGUCUGGUCCUCUUGUGGUCAGCCAGAUGAUGUGGUGGAGGUAAAGAGCAUCGACGUCUCGCCUGACCCGCCUGUCCCUGGCAAGAACAUGACCGUCAAGGCGAGGGGAGUCGUCAAGAGGACGAUCAAGGAGGGCUCCAUCGCCGACGUCAACGUCAAGAUUGGCGUCAUCCGCCUCUUGCACCGUCAGUUCGACAUCUGCGAAGAGGCUCGCAAUAACAAGGCAGAGGUACAAUGCCCCGUCGAGCCUGGAGAGUACGACAUUACCCAAACCGUCGAGCUUCCCCGCGAGAUCCCGCCUGCCAAGUUCAACGUCCACGUCGUCGCG